AUGGCAUUUGGAUUAUUUACCAGCAAUAAAAAUGAAGACCGAGAUAAUAAUAAUGAUCGAGGGCAUACUACCUCUUCAUGGUGGAUCCACCGGGGUGAAAGAUCAAGGACAAAUAAACGCGAUUCCGAUUUGAAGACUUCCCCUACUGCGGUCCGGAAUUCCUUCCUUGCCGGUUGGACGGCCGGAAUUACAGGAACAUUGGCAGGCCACCCGCUGGAUUCCCUGAAAGUCUGGGUGCAGACUGGGAUUCGACCUACCAAAGACACUGCUUCCGCAAAAUCAUCGGGGAUGCUGAAUACUGUCCGUCGGUAUUACUCGGGCGUUGGGGGGCCGUUGGUGACAGUCGGCAUACUGUCGUCCAUCAACUUUGCUGUCUAUGAUACGACAAGACGGUUCUUGUAUUUCAAUAUCCAAAGACCAAAGGCUGAUCCGUAUGGCCCCGAACGACGCGACUAUUUGAAUGAUGACUCCUACACAUCCGUGGGUGUAGCAGGAUUCGCUGCCGGAACUGUCUUGUCCAUGAUCCAUGCUCCCAUUCUCAUGGUCAAGACAAUGCAGCAGACCAAACAGAUGACUGUUAAGGAGGCACUUCGGUUGACACGAGCACAUCCGACAACUGGCUUUGGAGUUCACUUUCUCGUCGAAACAUUAAAUAGAUCAGUGUACUUUUGCACAUAUGAAUAUCUGAAACGACAGUUUGAACAGCAGCAACGAGACUUGGAUGAUGAUUCAAUUUCGAAAUCACCAAAAGCGUCCUUGGGUGGCCGAAUGAUCAGUGCUGCCGCAGCUGGAAUCAACUGUUGGGCAAUGCUGUACCCUGCUGAUGCACUUCGAAGUCGUAUGUACGCACAUAUGGCUACUGGUGAUCCAGUUUCAAGCCUAGAAAUGGUCAAGACUAUGUAUGCAGAAGGCGGAAUCCGCAAUUUCUAUCGGGGAUUUACGGUCACGACCUUGCGUGCUGGACCCGUGGCAGCCGCUAUUCUUCCGGUGUACGAUUAUGUUUUGGAUACUCUCAACUCGAUGUCUUAA